ACUUCCUUUAAGGGCACUGUUGACGUCACCAACAGCUAUGCUGUGCCUUUUGAAGAAGAUGACAAAGACACAAGCAUCUGGUUUCUUGACCACAACUACCAUGAAUCAAUGUUUUCCAUGUUCAGAAGAAUAAAUGCCAAGGAGCACGUUAUUGGUUGGUACAGCUCUGGUCCAAAACUGCGGGAGAACGAUCUAAAUAUCCAUGCACUUUUCAAUGACUAUGUCCCCACUCCUGUCUUGGUGAUUAUAGAUGUCCAGCCAAAAGAGCUUGGAAUACCUACUAAAGCCUAUUAUGCUGUGGAGGAGGUUAAAGAGAAUGCAACUCAGAAAAGCCAGAAGGUAUUUGUUCACAUUCCUUCAGAAAUUGCUGCUCACGAAGUUGAAGAAAUAGGAGUUGAACACUUGUUGCGGGAUGUGAAGGAUACAACAAUCAGUACACUAGCAACAGAGGUGAGUGGAAAACUUACAGCUUUGAAGGGAUUGGAUGCACGAUUGAAAGAAAUACGCGGUUAUCUUGACCUUGUUGUUGAAGGGAAACUUCCGUUAAACCAUGAGAUUCUAUACCAUCUACAGGAUGUGUUCAAUCUACUCCCAAAUCUCAACGUCUCUGAACUAAUUAAAUCUUUUGCAGUGAAGACCAAUGAUAUGAUGUUGGUCAUAUAUCUUUCAUCCCUUAUCCGCAGUGUGAUUGCUCUCCAUAACUUGAUCAACAACAAGAUGCUUAACAAAGAACACGAAAAGGCAGAGGACGCAAAGCCAGUUGCUGUGUCAACUGCUGCUGGAAGCUAAGCAUGGAAAUGUCCCAUUGAGAGUUUGCUUUUUCAUGGAAUUCAAUGUGGUGGCAGAAUUUGACAUCGGAAUCCAGACUACAUUUUGUGAAUGUUACAAAUGAAGGCACUCUCAUUGUUCAGGCUGAGUUUAAAUUUUCUCAAUAGUGUAUGCCUUUGAUACCAUGUAAACUUCUUAAACAGUCAGUUACCAAAAUGGGAAAAUUUAUUAAUAGAGAACAUAUCACUUUUUCUUCCCCGUGUAGUUGGAUAGGAAUUUGUGUUUGUCUGAAUUGGAUUGGAACUUUAACAAGAGUUACAUCUGGUCCUGGAUAUAGGGAAGGGCUUCAAUUUAAUUCUAUUUAUGUCAUUUAUGCUUAAA